UGCACUGUGCCAGCUGCUCUCUGCUGGGAAACACCCAUGCUGCUACGUCAGGCAGAACAAUCUGAAUCUGAACAAACCGGCUUUACACUCCAUCUGAGCAGCUGCUCUGUGUGACAGAGCGUUGAUAUCAGCUGUCGACUUUCUACACCCCUACCCUCAUGAGAUGAACAGAAAGUAAAAUGGAUCUGAAGGUAUCAGACUUCAAACUGCUGCUGUAGAUUUGUACUGAGCACAUAGUCUCCUCAUAUCCUGCCCAGAGCUACAUGUGAAUGAGCCAAACUGCACCAUAGAUGAGCAUCAAAAAGAGAGUGGACUUGAAAAUAGUUAUCCUUGGUUCCAUUGGGGUUGGUAAAACCUCUCUUCUGAACCGGUAUGUCAACAACAGAUUCAUUCAGGAGUACCAUACCACACUGGGAGCAAGCAUCCUUCCAAAAGAGAUCAAAGUGGACAAUACAUUAGUGAAGCUACAGAUCUGGGACACUGGAGGUCAGGAACGUUUUAAAUCACUGGUGCCGUCCUUCUCUAAAGGAUCAGAUGGUUGUGUCCUUGUAUUUGAUGUGACUGAUCGAGACUCUCUAUAUGCUCUGGAAGACUGGAGGGAAGAGAUUUUGCUGCAAAUUCCUUUGGAAUAUAAAGACUACCCUUUCAUUACUCUGGGCAAUAAAGUUGAUGUAAUGGAGAGGCAGGUUACAAGUGAUGAGGCAGAAACUUGGUGUGCAUCUCACAACAUUCCUUACUUUGAAGUGAGUGCAAAAGAGGAUAUUAAUGUGGUCCAUGCCUUUGAGAACAUUGCCAGAAAAGCUCUGUUGCAGGAUUCUGAAUGGAAAGAUUGUUAUUUGACGAACUCCAUCUCCUUAGGAGGCAACAGAACAUCGACGAACAAAAAGUGCUGCUGAGCACUGGGACUGGAUCAAAGUGGAAAUUCCUUGUGUGGGGACUAUAUUUUUUGUAAUGUCCUGUUGUGUUGGUUAUGCCUUCAACUGUGGCUUCACACAAAGAUUUAUUUUUCUAAGAGUC